AUGCCUAAAUCUGCCAUAUUAUUUAUUUUAGCUUUAAUUUUUAAAUUUUCGUCAUCAUCGAAGUGGGAAGUAGAUGGAGUUGUAGAGUGCAAAGAAAAUAUUCAUGGAUUAGGGGAGUUUUCGCAUCUUCUACAAGAAGCAGUCAUUCACUUGUAUGAAAGAGAUUAUGGCCCUGAUAGUAGUAUUGAUCCUGAUGAUUUAUUGGAUGGACCUGUCUUAACUGACAUUAUGGGGCAUUUCCAAGUUAAAGCUCGCGGCGUCUAUGAGAUGACCGCUACUCCAGACCCUUACAUACAAAUUGACCAUCUAUGCUAUACACCAACAUAUAAACAGCCACUCCGAAUGGUAAAAAUAAAUGUUUAUCAAAUUUAUUUAGUCAUUACUAAUAUGUACUAA